UUUUCGUAGCACUCUCCACCUGAAACUACUCUGUUCUAGCUCGUCUCGCUUCCUGCCUUGCUGAGGGAGGGGACGGUGCUGACGGCUGGGAGGACGAAAGGCGAGACAAGAAAGCUUUCGGGAAGCCAUAAAAAGUGGGGAACGGCCCGGCUUUCCACCGUCCGUCGGGAAAUAAACACCCCAGUUUUCUGUGGCUGCAAGAUUUGUCACCGAAUCGAAGCCGAACAUGUCGACCAGUCGUCAGCUAAGCGAGAGCAGGGCCAUCCCGACCAGGACGGUGUUGAUAAACGACACAACGCAGCUACCUCAUGACUACUGUACCACCCCUGGAGGCACUUUAUUUUCUACCACUCCUGGAGGCACCCGGAUCAUCUAUGAUCGCAAAUUCCUCCUGGACAGGCGUAAUUCUCCAAUUGCCCAAACUCCGCCUGCACACCUGCCAGUCAUCCCUGGAGUCACCAGCCAAAACGUCCUGAGCGAGAACAAGAAGAACGAAGCCAACAAACACAUCAACAAACAUGAUGGCAAGCCCAUAACAGGUGACGAUGCUCAGUUUGAAAUGGACAUCUAACCGACUGGAACCGCACCAGCAUAAGGAAGUGACCUGGCAUCAUGCGUGCCAGUGGCUUGGCUUGUAGAACCCAGUGUCGUGAGCCCUCAUGGCAGCCAUCUUCUUUAGCUCUUUGUCUCACUGCUGGAUGUAGUUUGUGUAAACCAUUGGGGAUUUGAUAGAACACGCAUAUUU